UGAACAUUGUUUAAGCAAACCAAAGCAUUGCCAAGACAAGCAAUCCUUUUCUCUGUCUGCUUAAAAAUGGAGCUCUUAUAUACAAUAAAAGCAUGAAGCUUCAAAGAAGAGCCUUUUCCUGUCUCUCUCAUGUCAUGUGUUUGAGCAAGUUUCAGUAAUCAUGACUCCCUCACAUUAUACAAUAUAAGCAUCACAAUUCCCUUCCGAAGAUCAUCUCAAGAGAACCAUUUGUUUUUUUCAAAAGGAACUUUUUCUUUUCAUCGGUUUUCUCUCUUUUGGCCCACAUUAGUAGACAUGGUUGAGACCUUAUGGAAUGGAUAGAGCUUUCACCCAACAACAAGAAAGAGAAACAACUCAACUGCAACAACAACACCAACAUUACCAGCUUAAGCUUUGUGUGCCCCUACACAAACUUAGAAGCUCCAACAACCUCAACUCUUUUUCUUUGUUGGGUACUUGGAUCUCAAAAUCUCUGCGGAACUUAUAUAACAAAGCUUGUUUCUCAAAUGGGAUUGCCUUGGAAAGGUUAGAGUUUACCGGCAUGGUUGUGAACAAUAUUGUUUUUUGUGAUUCACCUCAGUUUUUUGAAGAAGAGAAAGCAGCAAUGGAGGGUUUUAUUGAGAAGAGCAAUGAAGGUGUUCAAGAAAUAAGAGAAACAUUCGAUGAAGUGCAGACAUUUGGGGGUUUCAUUGAAGGGAAGGGAAGAGAUAGCAGUUCAAGCUCUGAUUUUUUGACAUCUGAAACAACAGGGCUUGAAGAGCAGAGCCAUAUUAGCUCUGAAGAAGAGUCAUCGUCUCCUCCUUCAAUGGGUUGGCCUAUACAGAAACAACUAACUGAUUACAAAAAAACCUGUGGUGCUACUGAGGAAGGAGAGAGGCUACACUUGGACGAUAGGAAGUUAGAGAAACAGGGGUCUUCAAUUUCAGAGACUGAGAUGAUGAAGGAAAGGUUUUCAAAAUUGCUGCUCGGAGAAGACAUGUCAGGCUGUGGAAAUGGAGUUUGCACAGCAUUGGCAAUCUCCAAUGCCAUUACUAAUCUAUGUGCUACCCUGUUUGGCCAGCUAUGGAGGCUAGAGCCUUUACCUGCUGAGAAGAAAGCAAUGUGGCGAAGAGAGAUGGAAUGGCUUCUUUGUGUAAGCGAUCACAUUGUCGAGUUGAUACCCUCUUGGCAAACAUUUCCAGAUGGAAGCAAGCUCGAGGUCAUGACCUGCAGACCCCGGUCAGAUCUCUACAUAAACCUCCCAGCUCUGCGAAAAUUAGAUAACAUGCUUCUUGAGAUUUUGGACAGCUUUGAUAAUGCAGAGUUCUGGUAUGUUGACCAAGGUAUCUUAGCCCCAGAUGCUGAUGGGUCAUCAUCUUUCCGAAGAACCUUUCAGCGCCAAGAAGAAAAGUGGUGGCUACCAGUGCCUCGAGUCCCUCCCGGUGGCCUUCAUGAAAAUUCAAGAAAGCAAUUGCAGCAUAAACGUGAUUGCACAAACCAAAUAUUAAAAGCUGCAAUGGCUAUCAACAACAUUGCUUUAGCCGAUAUGGAAGUCCCAGAACCAUACUUAGAGGCUCUUCCAAAGAAUGGAAAAGCCAGCUUAGGAGACCUCAUUUAUCGAUAUAUUUCAUCGGAUCAGUUUUCUCCGGAAUGUCUGUUUGAUUGCCUCGAUAUAUCCUCAGAACAUCAGGCUAUAGAACUUGCUAACAGAGUUGAGGCCUCGAUCUACGUGUGGCGCAAAAGAACCAGUGCUAAACCUGCCAAUAACGCAACUCGGUCCGCUUCAAAGUCAUCGUGGGAAUUAGUAAAGGAGCUUGUGAUGGACGCAGAGAAGAGAGAAUUGCUUGCUGAUCGGGCGGAAAGCCUUCUGCUUUGCUUGAAGCAGUGGUUCCCUGGCCUUCCACAGACGACUUUAGAUAUGAGCAAAAUCCAAUAUAACAAGGAUGUUGGAAAGUCCAUUUUGGAGAGCUACUCGAGAGUUUUGGAAAGUUUGGCAUUCAACAUUGUCGCGCGGAUCGAUGAUCUGCUAUAUGUGGAUGAUUUGACUAAGCAUUCAGAUCAAUUCUCAUCAAUCUCUAAAGUUAGUGUGAUUGCUCAGAAAAGUGUUUCAAUUCCAUACUCAGUGCCAGUCUCAAGCACUCCAUAUAAAACAGCAUACACCACGCCCAGCUUUUCACCGGGGCAUCUAGUUAGCCCUGCAAAGGGAGACAGAUCUUCUUUCACAAUGACUGGCAGAAAAAUUCCUCAGCAAAGAGGUCUGGGAGUGAAGAAAGUCUUGACAGAUUAUCUGAGUAUCGACGCAAAAGGCAAGGAUUGUCGCAAUGCAGCUGAAGGAACAGAUUACAUGAGUCGAAAAGCAUCAGCAUCUCAAAGUGUAGUUGAAUCAAUGGAGUUUAUAAAGGAAGCAGUAAGCUCAAUUGGGUCACCAGUAGAAGAUUUAGCUGUGGAGGAAUGAGCUUCAGAGAUUGGAUUAUCUGAUAUAUAUGGGUAAUUAGGAGGUUGUUUUUAGUUCUCUGUAAGGAGAUGUCUGUAAUCAUAAUGAGUUGAUUGCUUCAUAUUCCUACAUGGCAAUAUGGCAUCCCCAGAUGUAAUAGGCCUUACUUUUAAUACAUAGAACAUUUCAUCUGA